CUUGUGUGUCUCCUAGAGCUCCUCCAAACCCCCAGGCUUCAGAGCGGUGCGACUCACCUAUCCGGCUUGUAUUGUGUGUUGCCGUGCCCCAGAAGCUCUAGUGUACUUGAAUUGACUGGACUCUGAAUUCGUGCGAAUAUUUAACAAGGGGGCUAAAAGUCAUGACAUUGAUAUUACUCUUCUGUACCAUGCUCUUAGUACUGCUUCCAACUUCAUCUGGAGGCCUACUAGAUGACCAUGCUGGACAGGCAUGUACACUAAAAGAAUUGCCGCAAUAUAUGUUUGCACAUGGACAUCAACCAAUAAACAUAACAUGUGUAUGCACACGUAAGAAUAUGUCAGAGGAUGCCUUCGUGUACUGGAAAACCAAUCUGAACGCCACCAUUUACCAAGAACAUAAUGAAACAACAAUCACUUCCACACUAUGCAUAACCCCCCAUCUACAAGGGAAUGAUAGGCUAGAAUGGAAGGUGUAUUGCGAAGCUGAAGACCCCCAGUCGCUAACCAUGACAACCAUGACAACCAUGACAACCCUUGCAGUCUGCCCCACUGAGCAACUAGAAUGUGACCCACUCCAACAGUCACCAACGGCACUGAAUACGUUUAAUGUUUCCUGUUGGUACAAGACAAAGUGCGGAACUGCAUUACGGUGUGAGGUUGGCAAUGUAACUCUUGAAGACUCUUUGUCAGUAGGUAACAAUACCUAUGUUUACAGAAAUGUAAACUUGGAUGAAGAGUACGUGAAGUGUUACCUUCACCAUUCAGACAUGGAUAAAGGCCAGCGCACCGAGGUUAACCUACUGAUACCACAACCGCACCAUAAUUCCAUCACCACAGCAAAGCCUGCACAACCCACAAGCGUACUACCAACAACCCAACUGCCACCCAUCAACUCAAAAAGCAAUGAACUUGGCAUAGGAAUUGGUUUAGGUAUAAUAAUCGGAAUUGUUAUCACGAUCGUUACUCUGGUUGUUACUUUCGUUUUACUUAUGAAGAAAAGUGCUAAAUUUCGUGAGUUUAUGAACCGCCUUGGGCCACAGACAACAGCAGACCAGACGCAGGAUUUAAAUUUAACUGUACAGGGUUCUGUACAAGGGACCCCAGCGGAACGAAACGGUUUAAUAUGAUCAUAGUUCUUAAAGACAUUGGACACUAUUUGUAAUUGUCAAAAACUUGAGCUGAAUCGGUCGUCAA